AUGAAUUUUUCAAGCAUUUAUGCCACAUUUGGACACCUCCUUCCGACCAACUUUUCUUUCUUAAGGCAGGACCAUAAUGGGAGUAUCAUUCAUGAUACAGUGCCUUUUGCUGCAGACUUUCUUUUUGCAGGACACGAACCUGGCACAAUUGUCCUGAUGGUCAUGUAUUUGGUGUCGUUUCUGAUAGGAUUUGUGGGGAACAUUAUGGCGCUCUUGGUCCUGACUCGAAGAAGGAACAGACUAGCUGGUGCCUCUACUACCAGAAAGCUGCUGAUAAACCUGGCUGUUUGUGAUAUGAUGGUGGUGUUUGUGUGCAUGCCUGUGAACUUGGGACACCAGGUGUACAAUGCUUGGGUGUUUGGGGACUUUUUGUGUCGUACCGUGCCGUUCGUUCAGGCCGUGUCUGUGUCUGCAAGUGUCUUGAGCCUUGCUGUUAUAAGCUUAAACCGAUACUACAACGUUCACAGUCCGCUGCGUGCACGAUCCUUCUUCACUAGUAGGAAGAUUGGUGCGAUGAUAGUCAUGGUCUGGAUGGUGUCGUCCAGCCUGUGUGCUCCGUUGGUCUUUACGAACGAGACCAAGAUGCUUUCCUUGACAACGGAUGGUUCACACGUGAUAACGGUAUGUGUUGAGGCCUGGUCUAAAGCACGACUACGCCUAGGCUACAACUUUUUACUUUUCUGUGCUCUGUAUGGAUUUCCAGUUCUUUUCAACCUCAUCAUAUGUUUUCUAACUACCUGGAAAUUGUGGAGAACUGAUGAUCAGUUUAGUGCAGUUGCCAUGUCAAGCUCAACUCGGUCAGCUGGAUGGCAAAAGACACGCAAGAAAAUAGCCAAGAUGGUGCUAGCCCUGGUGGUGCUUUUUACCCUCUCCUGGCUUCCUCUCUAUGUAGUGGAUAUCUGGAUUGACUUUAACAUGCCAGGUCCUCUGGACAAAGAAGUUCCCAGCCACAUCGAGCAUAGUUGGGUGUUGCAGAGCCGACCUUUCGUGCAGUGGCUUGGCCUCACCAACUCAGCGCUCAACCCGCUUUGCUAUUGCUUUGUUGGCGACUUGUACAGGUCUGCAAAAAGAUUCAGAAAGAGCUACAGAGAGAAAAUGGCGUCUGUUUUUAAUACAUCUCAGAGACAAUCAUCCUCUGUGAACUCUGCCCUCAAACUUCAGUCUUGUUCGUCAUCCACUAAAUACAGCACAGGAAAACAGAGAUGGACAGAACGCUACAUUUUCAGGAACAGAUUAAACAGAAGUAGAAGCAUGUCUACCAUAAGUGCAUGUGAGACUGUAUUUGGUUGA